AUGUAUCUUUUUACAAAAGACUGGUGGAAGAAUCUCGGUGUGCUAGCCAAUUACUCAUUGUUGCCAAAACUACCACUCUCCACCAAGAGCUUCCUGGGAUGGAGAAGGUCUUUCACCUCUGCUUUCCUCUUCUCCAUUGAAGUUCAGGUGACCAUUGGUUUUGGGGGCAGGAUGAUGACAGAGGAAUGUCCCUUGGCCAUCACAGUCUUGAUCCUGCAGAACAUUGUGGGUCUGAUCAUCAAUGCUGUCAUGCUGGGCUGCAUAUUCAUGAAAACUGCACAAGCUCACAGGCGGGCUGAGACCUUGAUUUUCAGCCGGCAGGCAGUCAUUGCAGUUCGAAACGGCAAACUUUGCUUCAUGUUUCGAGUGGGAGACCUGAGGAAGAGCAUGAUCAUUAGCGCCUCGGUGAGAAUACAGGUUGUGAGGAAGACUACAACCCCUGAAGGAGAAGUCAUACCCAUUCACCAAGUAGACAUCCCUGUGGAUAACCCCAUUGAAAGCAACAAUAUUUUCCUUGUGGCUCCCUUAAUCAUUUGUCAUGUCAUAGACAAGCGGAGCCCUCUUUAUGAUAUCUCUGCUGCUGACCUGGCGCUCCAGGACCUGGAGCUCAUCGUGAUACUUGAAGGAGUCGUAGAAACAACUGGCAUCACGACGCAGGCAAGAACCUCCUACAUAGCAGAAGAGAUCCUGUGGGGACACCGCUUUGUGCCCAUCGUCACCGAAGAGGAAGGCGUGUAUGCAGUCGACUACUCCAAGUUUGGCAACACCAUCAAAGUGGCAGCGCCACGUUGCAGCGCUAGAGAGCUUGAUGAGAAGCCAUCCAUUCUCAUCCAGACCCUGCAGAAGAGUGAGCUGUCCCACCAAAACUCCCUGCGGAAACGCAACUCCAUGAGGAGAAACAACUCCAUCCGGAGGAGCAACUCCAUGCGGAGAACCAAUCCCUCCCUCAUCGUGCCCAAAGUGCAGUUUAUUACACCUGAGGGGAGCCAAAAUGCCUCAGAAACAUGAUACACAGCCUUGUGCAAGGUUGGUGGGUUUCAGAAGGAGGAAGCAACCGUGGUGUUUUGUUUAAAUUUUCUUUUACUUAACAAAAUUAGAACACAGUGAAGAAAAGAAGUGUGGAAGAACUAUUUAUUCUAUUACUUACUGAAAGCACCACCUAAUGGCAUUAGGAAACACUUUCGCACUUAGUGUAUGAAUUAAUAAAAAAUGGCAUGUACACUAAAGAAAACACAGUUUGCUCAUGUAAUAUAAUGUAUAUUUAUGCUUGUUUUAAUGGCAUCCUAAUUUUUUAAAUUGUAUUUUUCCUACCAAGAGUCUCUUUUCUUACCUUCUUCUGCUGGCUGUCACAAAAUGUGUUUUUUUCCUACAUCAGUGGGUUACCCACCUGUAGGCAGCAGUGAGUGUUUUUUCAAAACUGCUGCAAACAACAAUUCCCACAGAUUUUGUGUGGGAUAUUUGGAUAUUAAUCUUUUUGGGGUGAAUUCCUUGUUCCCUUGAAAGGAGUAGCUAAACUCCUCCAUGAUUUUACUGGAGAAGAGCCAGUAUCUUAUCUUUCCAUUGCUUUAUGAUAAAGGCAUUUUCAGAGCAAAUUCAGGUCAGCUGAAAGAACCUGACCAUUCCACUGGAAAACUGGUGCUGCUCUGGGCAGCACUGGCAGAAAAAAACAGCAAAACAGCAUGGCCUUUUGCAGAGCACUGCAAGACUGAGAUAAGGGUGAGAUACUCAAGCAUGAACCUGUAAUGUAGCUGUAGCCCAAGCUGAGAAAUUCAAGUCUUCCCAGCUGCCACCUGAGCACCCAUUUCACUGAAAUUAUUCAAGAUGAAAAAAGCACAUGCCUCUUUAACAUCCUCUUCAUAUCCUUGGAAGACCAAAUCCUGUUUUGUUUUCUCUUACAGAUUCAUACACUGAAGGCAACAAGUGUACUUACUUCACUUACAGUAUUUUUCAUAGGAUUAAGUCUGCUUGCUUCAGCAGAAGGUUACUUUUUGCCAGUGAGAAUUCAUGAAUGGGAGUGAGAGGGAACCAUACCAAUGAUAUCAAAAAUAGUAUUUUCAAAACUAUCUGAAUAAUUUUCAGGGGGACUUGGGUGCUGCUGCUGAAUUACUGGUUUUCAGCAGUGUCUCACCUGUUUUUUUUUUACAUAAUACGGCAUUGAGAAUUGGUGGUAAGCAGCUUUUCUCUUCAAAUUAAAAUGGGCAUUUGUUAUCUAGACCCUUCCCAAAAAUGUCAUUACAAGUUUUUCUACGAGAAUAAAUAAAUGUAUGACAACUAAUUGUAUCACAUUUGGUAAUGCUAAAUUGAUGCAUUCUUUGUGAAUAAGAAGUAUAAUUAUGGAAAUUCCUGUUCAAAUUUCUUACAAAAGUUGCCUUAUUAUGUCUGUGGCUCCAAAGAAGUACUAUCCCUAUACUAUCCAAUCCACUCAACCACUUAAAUGCUUUUGUGAUUUUAACUAUUUGCUUAUUCCUAUUGGGUAAAAUAGUCAAAAGCAAUGCUGAAUUCUCAUUCUCUUUGGAAUUCAGUUCAUCAGCACUUGUAUGGAAGGUUUGCAGGCUAAGUGUGGUGGUAGGUGGUGGCACGGAGGGGCAUUGUUCUGAAGUGUAGGCUCCCUACAUUUCAAGCAGGUGAUCUCCAGAACAUAAACACUGACAAAACACUUCAUCUGAAGCAGUAACGGAAACUGAAGUUUCUGCUAAAAGCAUUCAUUCCCUGGCCUGUCUGUUAAUGUUCUGAGAGGAUGAAUGGUGAACAUCUGGAGAUAUUAAUCUGUCCAUUGUGUGUCCAGACAAUGAACAUUUGUAACUUCCAAGAAGAGUCAGAGUAAAGCAUAUACAACUUGUCUCAGGCCUCCAUUUCCAGGGCUGUGAAUUUCUGUUUGAUAUAUGGUUCUGUCAGAUGCUGUACAAAAGCAAAUUUACUACAAAAUAAAAA